AUGGAACCGCCAACAGCAGAAGCAGUCCUGCAAGGCGUUUUCACCCUGUACAAUGAUCCGAAUAAAGUGGAAAAGGAGAAAGCCUCGAAGUGGUUGGAGGAGUUUCAAAAAUCGAUCCAUUCCUGGAAGAUUGCCGAUGAGUUGCUGCGGCAGAAACAUGAUCUUAACUCCUGCACGUUCGCCGCGCAGACGAUGCGCAACAAAAUUCAGAAUAGCUUCCACGAGCUGCCUGAAACCGCUCACGAAUCCCUGCGGCAGUCACUGGUAGAGCAUCUUAGCCACAUUACGAUAGAAACGAAAUCGGUCAUCGUAACGCAGCUUUCGCUGGCCCUGGCCGAUCUUGCGCUGCUUAUGUCUUCCUGGCAUAAACCGGUCGCGACACUGCUGCAACGCUUCUCAAACAACCCGAACAUGAUGUACGCCCUGAUUGAACUCUUGACACUCAUCCCGGAGGAGGUGAACUCGCGGCAUCUGCGGCUGGGCGCGAACCGGCGGAAAGAGAUUCUACUUGACCUGGAAUCCGACUCUACCCUGGUCGGCGAGUAUUUGACAAUGUGCCUGGUGAACGGCAACGAGAACGAGCUGCUUCGGUCCAAGAUUCUGAAGUGUUUUACCUCAUGGGUGCAAAUCAAUGCAUUUAAGUUGCCAGAGAUCUGCGACAGUAUGAUCAUCGUGUACUGCUUCCAGCUGCUAAGUAGCGCCGGCACCAGUCCGGACCUGCACGAAUCGGCGACGGAUUGUCUGUGUUCGCUGCUGCUUUGUAUGGAGCUGAACAAUUCGCGCGGUGGUUUGGACGAAAAGCUCUUCGGUGGCAUCAUGUGCCUGGAGGAGGCGUACAACAUGUCCGUCGCGCAGGAGGAUUUGGACAAAUCGAUGAACCUGUGCCGGUUGUUCACGGUGCUGGUGGAGAGUAACCUGACGCGAAUGGUGGCCUUAUCGGAUGGAGAGAACCCGCACUACUCCGUCAAGUCGCUGGACCUGGUGCUAAAUUGCGUUGGGCACUACGAUUACGAGGUAGCCGAGAUUACCUUCAAUAUGUGGUAUCGAUUGAGUGAGGAUCUGUACCAGCGGGACAACUACCUGCUCAAUUCGCACUUCAAGCCGUACGUGGAGCGUCUAGUAGCGGCGCUGUAUAAGCAUUCGCAACUCGAUGCGGACCACGACGGUCUGGUGGAGGAGGGAGGAUCCUUCAAGGACUUCCGGUUCAAGGUUUCAGAAAUCAUCAAGGACGUCGUAUUUAUCAUCAGCUCGAUAAGCUGCUUCAAGCAGAUGUUUAUGAUUCUGCAAAGCCCCAACGUGACGUGGGAAUCGAGCGAGUCGGCGCUGUUUAUAAUGCAGAACGUAGCGCGAAACAUCCUGCCAGAGAUUAUGGAAUUGGGAGAGCGUGAGAUACCAACGUCGAGGUUCAACCAGCUUUGUGAGGAGAGCGAGGUGGUACCAAAGGUGGUGGAGGCGAUCCUGAAUCUACCAGAGAACUGCCACAUCGCGAUCCGCUACACCUCGAUCAACAUACUCGGCGAGCUGUGCGACUGGAUCGACUCAAACCCGGAAACGCUGCAGCCGGUGCUGAACUUUCUACUGUGUGCGUUGCAGCAGAAGAACGGGUUGGCCACGGCGGCUGCAAAUUCGCUGCAAUCGAUUUGCUCGACGUGCAAAAAGCACAUGCUCGGACACAUUAGCGGCCUGAUGGAGAUCGCGCGCUGUCUUGACAGUUUCGACAUCCAGACAGACUCCGCGAUCGGUCUGCUGAAGGGAAUAUCCACCAUCAUCGGACGUCUACCUGCCGCCCAGUUGACCCCAGCCAUGCAGGAGCUGUGCAGCUUCCAGGUGGAAGCGCUCAGCCGAUUGACGAACGGGGACGACGACGGGCUGGACGGCAAAAAGUGCCGGUCUGAUCCGGCAUUCUGGCUAGAUCGGUUAGCAGCCAUCUACCGGCACGUUAGUCCGACCGUGCGGAGCAAUGAAGUGAACCCGUGCUCGUUUGUCAUCAUCAACAACUGGAACGUACUUUCUCGUGCGCUGGAACGAUAUAAGAACGAUUCCAAAAUCAUGGAGCGCAUUGUGCGAUGCAUCCGGUACGCCAUACGGUGUAUCGGGAAGCAGGCCAUGCCCAUACUCGAGCCACUCGUGAAGCAAAUCAUCACCAUCUACUCGGGGCACAAUCACAGCUGUUUGCUGUAUCUCGGCAGCAUUCUGGUGGACGAGUUUGCGUUCGAGGAUGGCUGCACACAAGGGCUGCUCAACAUGCUGCAGGCGUUCAUCGAGCCCACAUUCGGGGUGCUGCAAAUGGAGAACGGCCUCAAGAACCACCCGGACAUGGUGGACGACUUCUUCCGGCUGGCGACGCGUUUCAUCCAAAGGGCACCAAUACAGUUCCUGCAGUCGCCGCUCGUCACUCCGAUCAUCCAGUGCGGCCUGUUGGCGUGCACGCUCGAUCACCGGGAUGCCAACAUAUCUGUGAUGCGGUUCUUCUGCAGUCUGCUGCGCCAUGAUCGACCCAACGAUCUGGAACCGAUCGUGCAAUCGAUAUUAGCGUCGCACGGCGAGGCGCUUAUUAUGAACUUGCUGUACGCGUCCGUCUUUUGUCUGCACUCGUACAUGCUCUCGGAUGUGGCGGACGUGUUUGUCGAAAUCAAGCAGCACAGCCCGCACCAGCUGGAGGAGUACGUGAAAAAGGCGGUUGAUUCGCUGCCGAAAAAGAACAGCGGCGGUUCGGUCACGGUGACGCACGAACAGAUGGUGCAAUUCGUGUCGAACGUGGUCAACUCUCAGACACCGCGGGCCACGACGCAGCUACUGCAAGAUUUCGCCCGGCUUUAUCGAUAGAUGGGCUGUGCUGUAACGGCAAUCGAAUGCGACUGAUACAGCUAGUGGGUGCCCCGAAGCUAGUUCUCUAGUGCAAGAGUAGCUGAAUACCCUGUGUUGAUAGUGAAGCAAAAAGGAUUGUAAAUAGAUUUAGACUCCUUACAGUUAGUGCGUUCGUAUUGUAUAAGAUUUCCAAACCGGGAAAGUGUUUUAAGCGAACAAAGGCACGACGGACGAACAUGCUGAAUUUAUGUGGCGGUGGACUUCAGUGUUCACAUAAGACGAUGGCGGCGACGUGCGACAUAAUCAUGUGGCGUAGGAAAGUUGAAAGUGUGCGAUAAUCGCACGGAAGAUAUUAACGAAAACAUAUUUCAAAUAAUUAACAAAUUCAAAUGUAACACCGAGUCGUCCUGUAGGCAAUAAGCGAUCCAAAACAACCGAAGACGCUUCUUGAAAUGCAUGUGCUGCGUUUACCAAGCCAGCAGCAACUCUUUCUCCGGUUUCUGUAAAGAGAUGGCGCGAAAGGACACUAAAGUUGUGCCCUUUUCUCAAUCCGUUUUAUUUUGACUACCAUGAUAAAAGUGAUUAUAAAUCGAUCGUUGAUGUACAGCUAUGGAAGUAUGGUAGUUUCACUUUGUUAUGUUGGAUUUAUUUUGACCACAAUGGAACUUGCGCGGUACGUAUGCGAAAACAGACAAAAAACACGAUUAUUCGAAACAACAUGAAAACCUCGUAUAAACAACAUUUUCUACUCAACUCACCUUGUUAACGCUUAUCACGGAUUCAUCUUUCGAGUAUUGUAAGUUUAUUUGACUGUCCCAUGGGAUAAGUUUAACUGUGAUAUGUUGUACUGUUUCUAGAUACGUUAAGCACUGCACAUAACUUGGAGUGCUAAUGCUGCUCUUUGAAAGUAGAUACAAUAUAUUCUUAGUUACAAAAGCACUUCUCCGACUAUUUACUUCAGUUUGUGGUAAGCCGGGAAGUUUGAAUAUCAAUUGUAAUACAAUACACGCUAGCACGCUGGAGGUUGGAUUUCGAAACAAUGAUUCGAAAAACUACCAAAUUCAUAGGUCGCAGGCCUAUGGCCGAUUUGACGUAAACAUUCGAAUUUGAAUCUGCAAUCAGCUGAUUUUGACA